CAAAGGUUUGUAAAACCCAUCGACUAGCAGAGGAGCUUCAGCUCACCACAGUACCCUGAGUACAGAGGAGAGACUGAGUCUCAGAGCACUGCAGGGUGAUCAGAGCUUUUCACUGCUUACCUGCAUCAUGGACCAGCACUGCAUGGUUACUGAUGGUCCACAUUACAGAAAGAAAACAGCUCAAAUUCAUCUUGGUCUGGCAAUGCUGUUAGCCAGGUGCUGUAGCUCAUUGACUCAGAGAAGUCUGAUUCCUCCCCUGUGGUCACUCUUCUGUUUGAAUCAGACACUCAGGCAAGCUGUGAAAGGGCCCUGGAAGUGCUGGCCAAUCAGCUGCACACAGACCUCAGCUGCACAAUACUGCCCCCUACUGGAUCCCCUCACUCUGCCGCUCUGGUGUGUCCAACAGGAAGAGGGAAGCAGUUCUCACAAGCUGAGUGCAGCACUUUGAGUGUGAAUAGAAAAAAUGGUUCAUUAUGCAGCUAUUUUAAAAAUCUGCGUGCGGCAACUUUCAAACUGAACUGACGAAGAAACGACAGCCAAAGUUCAGUGUCAGGGAGAAUUCCUGUUCACUGUAGCCUGUGUGAAAACUAAAACUACCACCUUAUUUGGUUAAAAAAAAAAAUUCUAAUCAAAUCGAUGCAUUAAAAAGAAUUGAGACCAACUAUACGCUGCAUUUCAAGCAUUUCAAGGACAAAAACGAAAACGUGAAUAAGUAGAAAAUUGUGGAGCGGGGGAGGGGUAGGAAACCUGGAAAUAACCAACGCCAGGUGAGGUCACAGUGUGAUUAUAUCUGAAGAGAAAACCUGUUUUGCCUGUAGUUCAUACCUACCUACUCUUAUCUGUAAAUCCCUCCCCUGGAUCUGGGUGUAACUCUGUACUAAGAUUUCUAGUUCUAUUAGUUGGCAUAAGACGUGCUCUAGCUCUGAGACAGAAUGGCGUCUGGAUCUUCUCUCCUGGAAGAGGAGCUCUCCUGUCCUGUGUGCUCUGAAGUCUUCAGGGAUCCUGUUCUCCUGAGCUGCAGUCACAGCUUCUGUAAGGCCUGUCUGCAGCAGUACUGGGAACAGAAGGGAUCUCAGGAGUGCCCGAUGUGCCGGAGAAGAUCUUCUAUGGAUCCACCUCCCUAUAACCUGUCUCUGAGGAAUGCCUGUGAGGCGUUCUUAAAGGAGAGAAGUCAGAGAGCUAAAGCAGGAUCUGAAGUGCUGUGCAGUCUGCACAGUGAGAAACUCAGACUCUUCUGUUUGGAUGAUGAUGAGUUCAUUUGUGUCGACUGUUUAACAGGAAUGCACAAAAAUCACAGCUUUUCUCCAGUAGAGGAGGCUGCACUGACACAUAAGGAGAAACUCAGGACUGCACUGGCUACACUGCAGGAGAAGCUAAAAGCCUUUAAUGAAGUUAAACUAAUCUGUGAUCAAACAGCAGCGCACAUCAAGAGCCAGGCCCAGCACACAGAGAGACAGAUAAAGAUGGAGUUUGAGAAACUUCAGAAGUUCCUAAAAGAUGAAGAGGCAGCCAGGAUCACUGCACUGAGGGAGGAAGAAGAGCAGAAGAGUCAGUUGAUGAAGGAGAAGAUUGAUAAGAUGACAGAAGAGAUAUCAUCCCUUUCAGAACAAAUCAGAGCCAUAGAACAUGAGCUGGGAGCUGAAGACAUCUCAUUCCUGCAGGUUACACAAGUGACUCCUGAAUAUUAUUGCAGAGCCCAGUGCACACUGGCGGAUCCAGAGAAGGUCUCAGGAGCGCUGAUUGAUGUGGCCAAGCACCUGGGCAAUCUGAAGUACAGAGUGUGCGAGAAGAUGCUGGGGACUGUUCAAUACACUCCUGUGACUCUGGACCCCAACACAGCACAUCCCAACCUCUCACUGUCUGAGGAUCUGACCAGCGUGAGACGCAGUGAUGAGAGACAGCAGGUUCCUGAUAAUCCAGAGAGAUUUGAUACGGGGCAGUGUGUGCUGGGCUCUGAGGGAUUCAGCUCAGGGAGACACUACUGGGAUGUAGAAGUAGGAGAUGAGGACUGGGUGGUGGGUGUGGCUAAAGAGUCCAUCAGCAGGACAGGGCCUGUGUAUCUGUGCCCAGGAGGAGGAGUGUGGAGUAUAGAGCAGCAGAGUGGGAAAUACGCAGCCCUGACCUUCCCACGUACAGCCCUCACUGUGCAGAGGAAACCCCAGAGAGUCAGAGUGCAGCUGGACUGGGACAGGGGGAAGGUGUCAUUCUCUGACCCCAGUAACAACACUCCUCUCUACACUUUUAAACUCUCCUUCACUGAGAGAGUGUUUCCAUUCUUCUGGUUUGGUUCUCUGCAGAUCUGUCCACUGAAGGUGUCUGUAAGAGUGGAAUAGUGCUGUGGUUUGUGGGCAAGGAUCAGGUGAACAGACUGCUUCUUUCACUUUGACAUGAUUAAUGAGUAUCUAUGCAGAUAAAUAUCUUUUACAGUAUUUUAUUUAAUUGUUUAAAAAAUAAAGAUCCAUGUCUGCAUGUCCCUUUGUAACCUCAUGAUGUCAAUGUUGCAGUAGAAUAUUGGUUUGUGCGUAAUAAGUUGAAUUGUAAUAAAUGCACCAGUGGAAUCA